AUGAAGAUGAUGUUGGAGGAUAGUCAGGACCCCAUCUCUUGGGAGCUGUUUAAGAAGAAAUUCUAUGCUGAAUAUUUCCCUGAUAGUGUGAGAAAGUUUGAAAAGGGGUUGAGAGGAGAUCUCAAGCUCAUGGUGGCCCCACUCUCGAUUAAAGAAUUCCCGGCCUUGGUGGAGAAGGCACAAGUGAUGGAAAAGCUUAAGGCUGAGGUUGAAGCACAGCAGCGACCCCAACAGAAGAUGGGAGGAUCAUCAGUGUCCAUGAGCAGACAUGAGGACAGGGGGAAACCAUACUCCAGGCCUCAGCCUCAGGGGCCUAGGAGGCCUACUCACCAGCCUCAGCAGUUUCAGCCUCAUAGGGCACAGUGUUUUCUUUGUGGAGGACCCCAUAUGAAGAAUGCUUGCCCUCGGAUCUCUAGUAGGAGGACGUGUCACGGGUGUGGCAAGGAGGGUCAUUUCAUAAGGGAUUGUCCUACCAGUAGGAAUGCAUUGUCGAGACCUUCAUCACAGUCUCAGCCGCAGCAGUCUAGGGGAGGUGUGAUACCUCAAGCAGCCGGUCGGGUAUAUACUAUGACGGGUACAGAGGCGGUCAUAUCAGGUAACCUCAUCAUUGGAUCAUGUAUGAUUGCUGGUAGGAGUUUAUGCGUUUUGUAUGAUUCGGGAGCUACGCAUUCCUUCGUGUCGGAGUCUAAAGUGCUUGAGUUGGGUCUUCCGGUGAGGGAGCUCUAG